AUGUCACGAGCAGCAUCCUGCAAAGAUCUUGAGGUAUGUGACGUCCAACCGCUCUCGCUUCUUGAAAAUUCUUUGUCCUCAAAAACUGAGCCAACCAGUGAAGUGGAGAUAAUGAAAGUGAAUGGAAUUGAUAAAAACCUUGAUGUGGAUUCUGUACAGAAGAUAGAUGAUAACAAUAUAGUAAAUACAAGGGAACAGAACACGUUUCCAACCACAAGUAAAUCUCAUCCUGAAGUAUUGGAGGAUAUCAAUUCAGAGACCUCCCAUUCCACAUCUUCAUGUACUGGUGUAUUUUGUGAAGUAAGCAGCAUGGGAACACAAUGUACACAGAUUGCAGAAGGUGUUGCUGUUGUGAGUGGAGAGUCUUGCAAUCCAUCUCCAGAAAAAGAUUUUAAGUUAUUGUCGGAAAGUUGUUCUCAUAUGGUGAUGGCAUCGCAAGAUUCUGUAGAGGAGGAAGUCUGCUGCAUAUGCCUGGAGGAAUACACAGAUGAGAACCCUGCACUCUAUGGGGAGUGCAAACACCACUUCCACUUACCGUGCCUUAUGAACUGGAAACAACGCAGUAAUGUCUGUCCAAUGUGCUCUGCAGAGACGCUGCGUGGACUGGCAGAGGAUAACGAUCCGCCUCCGCGACUCCAACCACUUAACGAUGAAGUUCUCGCACUAAUGUUACAACGACAACGAGGACGCUACGGUACCCGACAUAUUCAUCAUUAUCAUCAUCAUCAUUUACAUCGUCAGCGUGAACGGGGACGGCCGCGGGUGCAGGAGAUGCAAUUUUCAGGCGCAGCCGUACAAAUGUGGGGAGGUAGUGGUAACGAACGUCACUCCUUGCGAGUCACAUCUAAUCAGGAGAGUGCACUUAAUCAGCGCCAGCGGCGUGUCAACACUCGUGACAGGGGUGAUCCUGCCAUUACGACUGGACCGCAAAAUGUAGAAUCUUCUGCUUCAGUAAAGGCAUCAAGAGAUGGACGAUGUGUGCGGAAUGAUGACACAAACAAAAGCAGUGUAUUGUCGUUUUUCAAUAAACUCUUCUGUUGUUGUAAGAAGUAA